UGGAAAGGACCAACUACUGAUAACUUGCAACACCGUGUGCCAUUCCACGCUGCUUGUUUGGGGAAACACCAAGUUUUAUUUUUUUGAGAUCAACAUAAACUGAGACUUCCCCCGUAAUUGUUGACAAACAGUGGCAUUGUAUCGAGUCACUUCCUGGAUUAGCCGAGCAGUAUAUAAGAGCUUUCCAACGAUGAAGAAGGUUCUGUUAACGAAAUCGCAAAAGGUCGAACGGAUCGCAUCCGGAGGGGAAUUAUUACCGAAGAACCCUCUAACGCCUCCACUUCCAAUCCGGGUCAUUGCCAUGACCAGUUCGGCCCCUGUCAGCAGCAAUACAUACAACCAGCGAAAAUCAUUCAAGCCCUUUUUUGAGGACAUUUUCAAGUCCCUAAUGUGCAUACCUGAUAAGGCCCUCCAGCAACGCGUGAUCAACGCGAUCAAUGGCCACAACAAUAACAGCUCCGAUAAGGACACUAUCUCGCAUCAAGGUAAACAAUGUUCUUGCGGAGCCCCAAAAGUAGACGCCUCCACGCAAACACACUGGGAAUCGGAUGACGGGACGAAGAUAUCGCAGGGCCAAUAUGUGCCCCCAAAAUCCGAGAAAAACCCAGCGAUAAAAAAUGAAUCAGUCGAACCAAUGAAGAACACUAGCCCCACGGAUUCCAAUUCCAAUUCCAGUCACACUUCCACGCCCAUUACGUCACCAGAGGUGCCCGUAAAAGUUCCUAAAAAACGUGGAAGGAAACGGAAUACAUGUGUGCCACAGGUGGUGAAGCGAUCGGCAGCCGAAAUGGCGCUGCAGGAGCGCGAGGAGAAACAGUUGACACCGGUGGUUACCAAAAAGAAAAAGCUGGAAGUUACGAACAUGGCUGAAACACAAAGCAAUAUGUUUAUAAAAACUCCAGAACGACGAAACUCAAGCAUGUCUGAUAUAUCUCUUAGUCUGGAGGACAUCGGCCGAGUCCAGGGCUAUAUAGACGGAACCAGUGCGGACUUAAUACACAAUGUGAUGGCACAGGAAUUUGUGAAAGCUAAAGUUAAAUCUGAGGAGGGACUGUUUCCCAUCCAUGAUUACAUAUUGCGUGGCGAUGUCUUCGGGGUGAAGCGCCAGGUAUUUGUCUUUCCCCACGUUAAUGCGGACAUCAACGCUCUGCUCAGCACCGAUGGCGAGGACUGCCUGCAACUGGCACUAACCAACAACGUUGAUGCAGAGAUUGUGUCCAUUAUUAUCUCAGCGGGAUGCUUUCUGGAUCACUUCUACGAGAACUCGAACACAGUCAUUCACCUGGCGGUGAUCAACAACAUAAAUCUCGAAUCCGUUAGAGUUCUGAUGAAGCACAUCGAUUUAAAUCUUCUCUUGGAGCCCAACGACGAUGGGUACACGGCUCUGCAUCUUGCCGUGCGCUACAACCAGUUCCAUAUGGCAGAAGCCAUUCUAGAUUGUAUAGACGAGCGGGAUUUGGGCGAGCCGAUCUAUAGGAGAACAGCAGAAACUCCAAAUACUGACGGACGGGACGAGAAGGCCUUCUCAAAGUACUACGACCGUGCUUGCGACAACUUGGAGCAGACUAAAUCAAGGCUAAAACCCCGCAGAAUGAAGCUGGAGGUGAUUAAUGCCUCCGAAACGAGGGCGGGGAACACGCCUCUUUUCUACGCCAUAGAGGGAGAGCUCGAACACUUUUGCUAUUUCCUGCUAGCCCACCUCGCCGAUCCCGACCAGGAGAACUUUAUCGGGCAUUCCCCGAAGUCCUACCACUACGAUUAUGCGCGUAACUUGCGCAUUAGCUUGAAAGUGUCAAGAGUUAUGGACAAAGUAAUUGGAUUAUUGAAUUCAUAAUAUUUAUUGUACAUAAGUGUAGUUUAAAUAAACUAUUUUAAAUAGGGCAGCUAUUAACCCCA